GAGAGGGAGAGAGAGAGAGAGAAUCAAUAAUCUAAAAUCUCAAUAUAAAGAGGUGUGCGUGCGUUAUGUUCUGCACGUUGCUGUAACGGGGCACAGAAAAGACUUUCUUAUUUUCACAAUUUUAUUGAUGCUUCCUGAUUUUUUUUUUAUUUAUUAUUUUUUUUUAUCGGAAGAUAAAAGGUCGACUGACAUUAUCAUCUCACCCAUCUUUUAACGAGGAUUUGGAAACAUUAGGCUGCGUAUAUAUUCUCUGCCGGUUGUCCUGAAAUAAGUUAAAAAGUAGGCCUAUUUAUACAUCAGCUACUUGUAAUUAAAAACACGAAUAAGUAUAGGUGAGGAAAAAAGAAAGCGUGCGUAAAGAGAUCAAGGGGAAGGAGUGGGAGAAAAGGUGUGUAUAGCCUAUGUGUGUUUUAAAGAAAGAAGGUAUGAAUUCCUAUUUUACGAACCCGUCGCUCUCGUGCCAUUUAAACGGCGGUCAAGAGGUUCUGCCCAAUGUUACACUCAGCUCGACAAACUAUGACCCGGUGCGACACUUCUCGCCAUAUGGCGCUGCCGUGGCCCCAAACCGGAUAUACUCCAAUCCAUUCUAUUCAACACAAGAAAACGUUAUGUUCGGGUCCGGCCGAGGACCGUACGAGUAUGGAUCAAAUGUGUUCUACCAGGACAAGGAUGUGCUUCCAAGUUGCAGACAAAGCCUUGGGCAAACACAGGGUUCAAUGACCCAGGAUUACGCUUCAGACCAAGGCAAGACUCUGUCUCAGGAACCCAAAGGAAGUAUUCAAAUAUAUCCGUGGAUGCAGCGGAUGAACUCGCACAGUGGAGUUGGCUAUGGCUCUGACAGACGGCGAGGUCGCCAAAUCUAUUCGCGAUACCAAACUUUAGAACUAGAGAAGGAAUUCCAUUACAAUCGUUAUUUGACAAGACGCAGACGAAUAGAGAUUGCCAAUGCGUUGUGUCUGUCGGAACGCCAGAUUAAAAUUUGGUUUCAGAACCGCCGCAUGAAGUGGAAGAAGGAGAGCAACCUCACAUCCACCCUGAAUGACUGUGGCUCUAUAGGGGCUGGCCAGGACACGGACAAAGAAGAAGAAGGGGAAACCGGAAGAAAAAAAGAACAUAACUAACGGCCUUAACACCUCUGAAAUAAUGUUCCACUACAUGACAACUAGGCUACCUAUCGAACUUUCAUAAUUUGCACAGUUUAUUAACACCAAAAACUGUUAUCUUUCAAGUAGAUGCGAUGCGUGCCUCUGCUAUUCCCAAAACUGUGGAAACGUUUAUUUUCCAGAAAUGACAUUCUUACAUAUAUACUGUUAAAAACAGACAGCUACAACAUAUUUUCCUUCAGUGUAUUUUGAUUUGCUCUUGGGACAUUCUAAAAACCAUCUUAUUUAUAAUAAUAUCUUGGAUACUGAGAAGUUCAUAAGAGGCUGUGGAUGCAUUUGACCAAUUGACGGGAAAUUUCAAGUAUUGCGCCACAAUAAUUUAUUGUGCAUUAUAUCAUUAACUGUUAAACAGAUACAUUGAGUGCAUUGUAAAUGUUUGUAAAUAUUUUACAUCCAAAUACUUUUGUCUAACAUUUGUGUAGCUUUGCUACAAUGCUGUUUUAUGCAUUUAUUUUCUUUGUGCUACAUUCUGUAGAAACCACACGGUGUGAAAAACGUAUUCUCAGAUCAUUUUUCAAACUUUAGAAUAUUAGCUAACAAACUUAAUGGACACAGUGUUUGAAAACAACGCAAA